CCGUGGUUGAUGCUCUUCAAAAAUGGCUGACAGCGAAGGAGGGGAUUUUGUCAUAAACAAAAAAUUUGUGAUAGAAUCUGAAUUGGAGGAAAAAAGAAUGCAAAGGCAAGAAGAAUGGGAGAAGGUGCGGAAACCUGAAGAUCCAGAAGAAUGUCCAGAGGAAGUGUAUGACCCUCGUUCUUUAUAUGAGAAGCUACAGGAACAGAAGGAUAAGAAACAGCAAGAAUAUGAAGAACAGUUUAAAUUCAAAAAUAUGGUGCGAGGCUUAGAAGAAGAUGAAUCUGCAUUUUUAGAUGAAGUUUCAAGAAAACAGGAAAUGUUGGAAAAGGAGAGAAGAGAAGAAAAGAAGGAAUUAAAUGAGUUUUCGAAAUGCCCGCACAAUAGCAGCCACAUCCACAGAGCACAAGAAGAAGGAGCCUGAGAAGAAGACUGUGGCAAAACCUUCUGACAACAAGAAUACUAACUCCAAU